GGGCCCCGCCCCCAGCCGCCCGCCAACGGUCGCGGCGCGAGGCGGGCCGUUAGCGGCCGUUACCGCCCCGCUGACGCGGCUCGGCGCGGCUCCCUCAGCGCCAGGCCGGCAUGUUCGUCCCGUGCGAGGGCGGCGGCCCCGACCUCCAGGGCUUUACGCUGCUCAUGCCAGCAGUGUCGGUGGGAAAUGUUGGUCAACUGGCAAUAGAUCUGGUGAUUUCCACGCUUCGCAUGACUAAAAUUGGUUACUUCUACACGGACUGCCUGGUGCCAAUGGUUGGGAACAAUCCGUAUGCAACAUCAAAUGAAAAUUCGGUGGAGCUGAGUAUAAAUGCUGAAGUGUAUUCGUUACCUUCGAAGAAACUUGUAGUUCUGCAAAUCAGAUCUCCUUUCAUAAAGAACAAAUACAGGCCGUUCUGCCAAGCACUGCUUUCUUGGGUGGAAAGCAGCAAAUGUGCCAGAGUCAUUCUUCUGUCCAGCAGCCACGCGUACCAGCGCAAUGAUGAGCAACUUCUUGGAACACCACUGCGCUACCUGCUUACGCCAGCUCUUGAGAAAGCAGUUGGAGGCCAUAUGCAGGAGCUAAAGUGGAAAGAAAUGGAAAAAAUAGCAGCUUACCCUGGAAUAAAUGAUGCGGAAAAAGUUCUGCAUGUUCCUGGAGGUGGCAUCACAAAAUUACUGUUUACUGAGAGUUGUUCAAAGGGAAUCCAAAUGGCAGUUCUUCUGAAAUUCUGCUCGGAAGGGGACAAUAUCCCUGAUGCAUUUGCUCUUGUUAACUAUCUUAAUGAAUGGCUCCAGCUAAUUAAAAGCAAAGGAAGCCAUUCCACAGAUAUUUCUCCAGAACAGGAAAUACCAGAUACUUCUUCACAAUGGAAAAUACCCAGUUCUUGGCGCUUACUUUUUGGCAACGGUCUUCCACCUGCACUCUUCUGAUCCAUUUUGAGUUCUUCUCCAGCAGCCUCCUCGCUUCUUUCUGCACCCGGGUUUCACAGCAGCCAAGAACCACGGCCACGCACAGAGCCAGCAGACGGGAGGCGCCUGCAGGAACCCCCUGAGCCAGCCCUCAACAAAAGCCACCGGACACGGCCCCGCUUUCGGGACCACUCGCUCUUUGCCCCCUGUGCAUGCUCCUGAAGCUAAGCCUAAAACCAAACGCAGGCAGCUCAGCUGAGGGAAGCCAUCUGAGAAACUUCAAGAACAUUUUGAGAACAGAGUCCACCGUGGAGAAGGGCCAAGGUACAUUCAGCGGUCAGCGCACUACGCAGUAAGACAAAUGAGUUGUGCAGUUGAUAGCUAUCAGAGAGCAGUGGGUUAUGAUGAAGCACACAUGCAUGUUCCCACUAGUCGUACACAUUAUGCUCACUUGCAAUCCAAAGAUAGCAAAAAUAAUGGAAACAUAAAUCUUAAGCUUAAAUUGAAAGCCCUGAAUUGCUGAAAGCUGUAUCCAAAGAUGUGUCAAGUGAUAAGGACAGGCCCCAUGCCUGUAUUCAGCAGCGCUGGGGUUUACACGGCAGUGGCUUUGGCCAGACCUUGACCUUUCAUUAUAGGUACUCCUGGUCUGACAGCCACAGCAACUUGAAAAUGAAAGCUUAAUCAAAUUGGGAUAGUGUUUUCUCCUCCAACACGGACUCUGAACUAUGCUAAUCACUUAAAUUAAGGUAUUCAGACAAAAGAGACUUGAUUCAGACCAUUUCACAAUGGUGCCAAGGCUUUUAGCUUAAAUAACAGCAUAAAAGUACCCACCCCCCUUUCAGCUUCACAUUGAAGAUAAACACAACUCUGAACACACCUGCUUUCACGUAUCAGCCUCAAAACCAAGUUUUGUUAGGAUUUCAGGUUACACCUUGUAGCAGAAAUACUGUCCCCAAUGCCCACGCGUUCCCUGUGUUUUUCUCCUCCCUAUUUUCUGUGGCUUUAUGGUUUGUCCAAAAAUCCUGUUACAAAAAUAUGCAAAGUACAAAUUACAUAUAAAACCUCGCCACGUACUAGUUUAGACAUUCAUAUGUAAUAACAUGCAGCUUUUCAGUGAACUAUGAGGACUUGAGUGAGCACUGAAGUUAACCCUGUUACGGAAGGUACAGGGCUCAAAAGGCUGUUGGGGCCAUUACACUGACUCCUCCAGCCAGCGAUCUGUUCACCCCUCUCCCAAUGGUGCUGUUCAGAACGUGAGGGAGAGCACCGACAGACUGGGGAUGUGAAGCAAAACAUUACACAUACAACACACCGAUGGCACAAUCCAAAACCCAUUUAAUUAAAGACUCCAUUGACUGUGUGCUUUGCACCUUGCCCUCAGCACCAUUAAUUGGGUAUGCCGGGGGUAGCGAGGCUCCAGGCUUCCCAGCUUCCCUUCCACUAAAGGACGAACAACAAAACGCUUUCCCUCCCAGAGUUAUUCUGAACAUUUUGUGUAUAUUUUAUAGCAAACAUAAGGAUUACCAAAUCAACUGGUCAGAUUAAUAAAACAAUAUUCUUAGUGGUGUAUUACAAAAGAAAUGUGCAAGUGCUCCUCCCAGCUGAAACUACAACAGUUAGCAUUGGAAUAAUUAAAAAUAUUUGCAUAAAGC